GCGCUGCCCCCGCCUGUCGCGAUGGGCCGCGACGGGCGCAAGAUGGCGAAGCGACGCCGCCGCAACCCCGCGGAGUCCGCUGACGUCCCGCGCCCACUCAGGACCCAUGGGUUUCCGCAUGGUGACGAGCGCGUGCGAGCCGUCGCCGACGCCAACGUGAUGGUCGCCAGGGUGUGCCUCCUGUGCUACGUCGCAGCGGCCCGGGGGAUUCUUUUUAUAGUCGAACAGCCCGUGGGGUCGCGUUUAGAACUUCACAAGUGGUUUCAAAAGCUAUCCCGCGAUCUCACGCUGUGGAGGCACACUAUUCACAUGCAUCAUUUUGGGGGCGCGAGCGAUAAGCCGACGUGGCUCUAUUGCAAUGAGCGGCUUAUCGAGGACCUUUCAAAGUAUUCGCUGCGAAGCUUCGUGGAUGAAAGCCCCGCUACCCCGCUGGUCCACACGUGGUACGACAAGUCUGGGAGAAGGCGGAUUGCAGGAAACUCGAACUUGAAGAAAUCGCAGGCAUACCCAACUGGGUUUGGGCGCGCCGUGGCAUGCCUAUACCAGGAGCACUCCCAUUUCUUGCGGGAGAAGGCCGCCCAGACAGAGCUGCGCGGCUUGGGGCUCCAUGCGGGCGGAGCCCCGCCGGGCGCCCCCGAUUGCUGCGGCGUGGCGGACUGCUUGCAUGCGUAUCG